AUGCCUGCAGGCUUUAGGGCACCUGCUCCCGGCACAGUUCCCAAAGAUGAGGAGCAGAGGGAGCACCGGGACGCAGCAGAUGUGUCGCCCUCCCCUGGCCCCUCCGCUUCCACCCGGGAUGAAACUUCGGCGGAGUCGCGAGGUAGCGCUCCAUCUCCUGCAGAGGUACCCGUGCCGAUCCGGGAUGGUGAACCGAAGGUCUUGUCCUUCCAACGGUUUGACGCUGAGAAGCUCAAGACCAGCGUGCAGAAGGUGGAAGAGAUCAACAGGAUAUUUCCUGGAAAGGACAGAUUCUCUCAAGAACAGCUCAUUUCUGGAAAGGCUCGUGUGACUUCUCUGGAACGCGAGCUUGCUGAUCUCUACAUCACAGUUCGGGCCCUUCAGGUUCGAAUCAACACUGCUGAGAGUCAGGAUCAAGAGUUUGAAUUGAUUGCCUCUACGCCCAGCACUCAGUCUGGUCCCAUUGCUGCAGGUCAACCUAAGGCCAAAGCGAGCGCUCGCAGCGCUGAAGCAGUGCCGGAAGGAGCUGCCCGGAAUCAGAUUUUGAAACAAAUUGGCUUGUGGAUCAGGCGAGCUUUGGAAGGGAAUCAUCGAGGGUUGUCAGGCCGAGAAUUGCUGCCUGGUGGAUCCCGCUAUUACUUCAUUGCCCGCUCCUUCAGUGGUGAAGUUUUUGAUCCUGCUCGAGUUGUUUCUCCGUGGGCAGUUGCAGAGAGAGUUGUGAAAUAUCGUGGUGAUACUGGUGAUUCAGUGUUUGUAGGAUUGCCUAGGAUGGAGGAGGAAGUGCCUGAGACACCUGCCAGUGAUAUCGACGGUGAACCUGCAGAUCAUUCAGAGGUUUUGCGUGCAUGGGUAGGUUUGCUGAAUCCCGAGUUCGAGAGUGCGGUGGAGUUGGAAAGCGACCCGACAGAAGAUUUCCAUUUCCUUGGAGAGGAUGGCCAAAUCCUGUUGCCUUUUGCUCAGGCUUUAGUGGAGGUGGCCGACGAGAAGUUUUGUUUUGCAACUGCCACGUCGGCAGCAGAGCCAGCGGCGCCUCUUCAGAAGGAUGCAUCCAAGGGAACUGCAGCCCGUCUAGGGCAUCUGGAGAAAGCUGUGGAAGGUCAAGCUCCAGUGCCUCCAGCCACUUUGGCAGCUACGCCAAAAGCUCGAGCUUCAGGAGAUGUUGGGUCUCUGCCAGGGCUAGAUCCCGGUGUGGUGCAGUCUGCUCUUCGUGCUGGCGUUCAUCCAGACCAUCUCAAGGAGUUCUCAAGGUUGAUUGCGAGAAAGAGUGGCAAGAUCAGCAAUCUUCCAAAGCAGACCGACAAGAAGAAGGUCGACGUUUUGGGAGAGUCCGAGGACGAGUUGUUAGCAGAUGGUGGAGGAGCAGCUUCACCGACCGCUCUUGCCGAACCCGGCGAUCCUUUUGCCGCAGCCUUGGUGAAGUUGACGACGAUCGUGGAAUCGUUGUCGGACAACAGACGACGAACCAAGGACCUCGACGACAUCCUGGACGAUCCGUCUGGCUUGGACGGCGGUGCUCACAACCUUGUCAGCUCAGGCAAUCAGAGACGACAAGCCGCCGUGUUGAAAGCUCUCCAGAAAAGUCUUUUGGAAAACCCAGAGCAGAUUUACAGAAAGAUAGAAACAUUGAUGUUGGAAGACUUUGGGUCGCGGGAAGCGAUCCCGAACAAACCGCGAAUCAGAGAGCCGACCCGACAUGGAUCCUUCAGAGGCUGGUUGGAGCAUCGGUCUCGCAUUCCCAAUCUGAAUGCAACAGUUCGGACUUCAUGGGGAAUAGCUGGUGCUUUAGAUGCAUUGCGCAGUGGCAAGACCAUGGAAGCCCAAGCCAGACUUGGCUUGCUGUUGGCGUCUCUGGAUCAGGUAGCUUGCGAUCGAGGUCAAUGGAUAUUGGGUGCCGAAGUUUCGCUGGAGAUGAGUCCUCCUUUUUCAAGCUUCAGCCGUCACGUCCCUCCAGAGUUUGGAGAAAAUCCUCACAGCAGACUUCUGGAUUCCAGAUGGGUGGAUGCGAUGAUGUAUCGUGUGAAGGAGCUCGACGAUUACAGCGAGCGCCGUGCCAAGCUCGGAAAGCGCCAGUCCGCAAAAGUGAAAAUGAAAGAUUUUCUGCAUGGUGCUCCCUCUGCGAAGUCAAGUGGGGAGGCUAAUUCACAUUUCAAUGCGAAAGUACCUGGAUCGGCAGCCUCUACAGUGGAUAUCAGGGCUUGGUGGUUCAGUUGUUUUCGUGUUCUCUUGCAAGCGGAUGGCAACUUGCCAAAGUUCUUCCGCUCCUUCUUUCGAAAGCCGGUCACCUCUGGAGAUCAGAGUGCUGCUUCCUUGUGGCCUAUGCCUUUGCCCUAUCCUGCAGCGUUGAAGGCGACUGGUGGCAUAUCAGAUGUUGAGCAAGGCGACAAGGCGUUUCAACUUGCUGUGAACUUCGCCGUCCUGCUCCUGAACUGGUUGCAUCUCAGGCGUCCUGCAACUGCGCCUGCUGAAGUUUGCUUGGGACGUCCUCUGAGCAAAGUGCAGUGGAGAAGUGUAAGGGUUAUGGAACAGACUAUGGAAGCAUGUAGAACGGCCUCACCUGUGUCUGCUGUGGACAUGGGACGCACUGCUAGCAAGAUUGAAGACUUUGAGGAAGCCCUCAAUAGGCUCAAAGCUUUCAAAGAGGUUGCUGCAGAAAACUUGUUGGGUGGCUAUCAACAUGGCAGAUCAUCGAAGCAUGGUUUUGCCCCCGGGCUCCGUAAAGCCCCUGCUGGUGAGAUCUUAGGAGCUCUUACUGGCAAUGCCCCUUUGACUGCGAAGCCGAUCGUUAGCGAUCGCCUGGAAUUUCGAGGUGUGCCCGCAUUCAAUCCUUCACCUUUCUUGGAUAGCAAGGGUCGCGAGGUCUUUGAACGGCCUAUUCAAUGUGCAUUGCGUCCUGAGGAGAGUGUGGUGGAACCGCCGCCUGUGAAGAUCCAUUGCAGUCUUGGUGAAAAAAUGAAGUUGCUUCGCAAGCUUGAUGAUUGCAGCCGACUUGGGAUGGUUCCAGAGUCAGAAGUGUUGGUUGGUUAUCAAGCUGGGUUGUUUUGCGUGGGAAAGGAUUUGACCCACGACAGGUUGAUUUUUGAUUCACGGCCGUUUAAUACUCUUGAAGUACCACUAGGGCGUUGGGUUCGAGCUAUGUCCUCUGCUAUGCCAUUGUUGGAUAUUCAGUUGGAACCAGGCGAACAAUGCAGAGUCAGUGGUACAGAUUUGAGAGAUUUUUAUUACGGUUUUCUUAUCAAUGAUGAGCGGUUGGCCCGAAAUUCUUUAGUGGGACCCGUCGACCCCAAACAGUUUCGUGGAUUUAAAUGCCAUCGUCCUGAACUUGAAGACCAUCAGUUUUGUUAUUUGUGCUUGCGUACAUUGGCGAUGGGCGAUGCUCAGGCAGUCGAAUUGGCGCAGACAGCACAUCUUGGAUUGCUGGUGCAGGCUGGAUUACUGGAUGACAAAAACUUGUUGACGAUGGAUAUGAGUGUUCCACGAGAAAGAUUUUUGGGGGGCGUAGUCAUCGACGAUCUGGUAUUUUUCGAAAUUUUUCUGGCUGAUGCUCAGAAACGAGAUGUUGUUAGUAUCAGUCGUGAGAGCCUAGAUUCAGCUAUCCAUGAGUAUCAACGCGUUGGACUGUUUCCCCAUCCAAAGAAAACUUUUGUUGAAGAACCUGUUGGAGAAUUUUGGGGUUGUCAAUUUGACGGAGUCUCUGGAAGUGUUCAAGCAAAUUUGAAACGUGUAAUCCCUGUUAUUGCCGUUACAAAGAGGGUUAUUUGCAUGGGUGUUUGCACUAUUGGUUUGCUUGAGAUUUUAGUUGGAUCUUGGACAGCCAUUUGCCUGUUCAGAAGACGGCUGCUAUCCAUUUUCAAUGUAGUCUACGCAGCCGCCGACUGUGGAGAGAGACAGCGUGAACAUGUCCUGCGACUGUCUCCAGAGCUGAAAGAAGAGCUGAUGUUAUUAGCUGGCUUAGCUCCCUUAGCCGUGACGUUGCUUCGGGUGGCGAACUCUGACCAGUUAUUUUGUUCGGAUGCCUCAGAUUGGGGCAUUGGAGUGACUUCAGCUCAGUUGGGUACAGUCCUGAAGAAAGAGAUUCACCGGCAUAAGCUGAAAAAGGGAGUUUGGGCAAAGUUGCUUAGUCCUCUGCGUGCUUUGUCGCGGAUAAAAGGUACCUUGCUUGUUGAUGAUGAACUUCCUGAAGGUGCUCAGCUUGCCAGUCACCCUCUUUGGAUUGAGCUGGCGUCUGCAUUGCCUUUUAAAGAAGUCUGCCGUCAGAAGACCAGAGAGGGUCUCCAUAUUAACAUUCUAGAGCUGCGUGCAAUGUUGAGAGUUGAAAGAGAGGCUGCUUUGAGUCAGUUUCCGUUGCGGUAUUUUAGCUUAGCCGAUUCUCAAGUGGCUUUGGGUGUUUGGACAAAAGGCCGGUCUUCAUCGGUUGGUUUGAAUCAGGAACUUCAACAGUCAUUAGGCGUUCAUUUGGGAUGUGGCAUGUAUGGCAAUGCUGGUUUUAUUCCCACUGAAGUGAACAGUGCCGAUGAUCCCACCAGAGGAGCAGAAGUGCGUGGACCUCAGAAAAGCCUGCAUUCAGCGAUUGCAGGUCUUGAAGAUGGAAAGUUUGCAGAGUUUGACAAAUGGCUUGAAAAAUACGGUGCCAGUCCAUAUCAAUGCAGUGGACUUCCAGACCUUGCCGAAUUGUCUGGAGCAAGCAAAGCACCUUUGAAGCGUAAAGAAAUGAACAUAAAGAGGCAUCAGCAGUACAGGGCAGCUCAAAAAGUUCUCCGCAGGCAGAAGGGCCCCGAGCUUACUCCGACCAAGCCUAGCAGUCCAGAACCUUUGCCUAGUUCUUCUUCGUCAGCACAGCGACUCAAGUCGACUGUGGUAUUGUGUCGGGGUUCUGAGAAGGCUGACUUGGUCGAUGCUGUGAGCCUGCCCCGAUGUUCUGCGUUGAGUGCAAGAGCCUUAACCCUGCUGUCGAAGGUGCCCCGCCGACAAUUUGUUUUGCCGGUAAGCUGGAAGCGGAUCGAUGCGUGGCAGCCCACCUGUCCAGGUUUUCUGGAUCUUUAUUCUGGCAAAAAGGGCGUUGCAAAAGAGUUGGCGGAGAAAGGGAAAACUUGGGUCAUCACUUUUGAGUUGGAAGACAGUGCGGAUCAAGAUGUUUUGAUGGAAAAGAACAAGGCUUUGAUUCGGGAACUCCUGGAAUCUGGUUGCAUUCUUGGUCUGGGCAUUGCCAUCUUCUGCUCAUCUUUCAGCCGAGCAGUGCGGCCCCCUGUCAGGUCAAGUGCCGAGCCCUAUGGAUUGGCAAACCUCAGUGGGAAGAUGCUGGAGAAAGUGUUGUUGGGCAACGCUCACGCUAUCUGGGCGAGCAGUCUCAUUCAGCUUUGCCGCGAGCUGAAGAUUCAUUACUGGGUCGAAAAUCCUGACGGCAGUUUUCUCUGGUUGUUACCGGAGUUUUUACAACUGGGUUCAAAUCAGAGCGAACAAUUGUGUCGUCUGGAUUAUUGUAAUUUUGGUACAGUUUGGCGAAAGCGUACUAGAUUUUUGACCAGCUGUCAUUUGGCUGGCCAGGUUUGGUGGUGCUCCAGGGAUCACAGGCAUGUCCAUUUGAAAGGUUGGAACAAGCAGAAACAUUGUGCCUGGACUCGUUUUGCCCAAACUUAUCCAAGGGCCUUGUGCAAAAUUCUGGCGACAGCGUUGUUGAUAGACUGCGGUCUGCUGCCUAACAGGAGGCAUGUCUUACUUUCUUCCAUCAGCAGGUGUCAGCACUGCCGUAUUGGCGAAGCAAAGAACCCCGGCCCUCGGCGGGUUUUAGCUCAGCAGCGUGACGUUGAGCAGCUGAGGAAUUUCACAUUGGUAAAUGAAGGUACUGCCAGUUUAGGGAACCAAGUUUGGAAGUCCUUUCAACGUUGGCUUGCAAGUGAAUUUUCAAGUGCGGCGGUUUCCAGUUUGCAGAGGUCUGGAGAAGUACUUGGUUUACUUGUCGUUGAAUUUGGUAGGUAUCUGUAUGCCAGUGGUCAAAGCAUCUAUCUAAUGAGGCAGCUGGUGACUCAUAUACAACGAGUGGAUCCUCCUAAACGUCCUCACUUGUAUGAAGCUUGGCGUCUUAUUUCAAAAUGGGAAUCCCUUGAACCAACUGUGCAUCGCACUCCAAUGCCCUUCGUGAUCUACCGGGCUAUGGUAAGCAGUGCGCUGGCUUUUGGUUGGAGACGCGUAGCUGGAGUUAUUGUUCUGACCUUUGAAGCUAUUUGCAGACCUGGAGAGGUUCUCAAAGCCACAAGGAGUGAUCUUUUGCUUCCUUGUGACUUGAUUGCCGAAGACCCAGGCCGUAUCUUCCUCAGAAUUUCAAAUCCAAAGAGUAAGAGGAGGGGACUCGGCACCACCCAGCACGCCAAGGUUCAGAAUAUGGCAGUCGCGAACUUCUUACAAGAAAUUUUUGGUCAUCUUGAUCCUCAGCUUCCACUUUACCCAGCUUCUGCCACCACUUUCAGGAAACGAUGGAACCUGUUGUUAGAAACUCUUCACAUUCCCAUCACUGUAGGAUUAACACCUGCAUCCCUGAGAGCUGGCGGAGCAGUGAAAGCAUAUCGAUCUGAUGAUGAUAUCACCAAGUUGUUGUGGAAGAUGCGUCUAAAGAACCUUGAGACGUUGCAGCACUAUUUACAAGAAGUUGGUGCCGAAUCUGCCUUCUUGCAGCUCCCCAACAGGUCCAAGUCUGCCAUUUUGGCAGCCAGUGCAAUGUUUGAGGCCUACCUCCAGCAUUUUUCCUCUGACGGGAGCCGUGGUUAA